CCAGGGGUUGGCGGUUGCAGCUGACUCCUCCUGGUCCGAGGAACUGAAAGCAGCGGGGGCAGGCCAGUAGCCACAUCGACUGCGUCUCGGCGAGGGGAAGGAGCCUCUUACGCGUCGCUCGUCCCAGCUGCAGAAAGAAAAUUUAUUGGUAACGCUUACAGAAUUACCAAAGAAAACAAAACAACUAUGCAACAAAACAACGCAAACAGAAGAUCCUGGAAGUGAAGGAAGAUGGGGUCCAACUGUUUGAAAGUCACCAAGUAUUUUCUCUUCCUGUUCAACCUCCUCUUCUUUAUCCUGGGUGCUGUGAUCCUGGGCUUUGGAGUGUGGAUCUUAGUCGACAAAAGCAGUUUUAUUUCAGUUCUGCAGACCUCAUCUGAAUCGCUAAAGGUCGGUGCAUACAUCCUCAUUGGAGUUGGGGCCGUCACCAUGCUGAUGGGGUUCCUGGGCUGUGUUGGAGCAGUCAAUGAGGUCCGAUGCCUCUUGGGUCUGUACAUCACCUGUCUCCUGCUGAUCCUCCUAGCUCAGGUUGCUGCCGGGCUACUCAUCUAUUUCCAGCAAGAUGCACUGAAAGCAGAAGUGUCCAUCGUGGUCCGUAACCUCAUUCGGGAUUAUGACCCUCAUGAUCCAGACAAAAAGAGCAUCCAGGAUGCAUGGGACUAUGUACAGGAACAGCUCACUUGCUGUGGCUGGAUUGGGCCACAGAACUGGACGGAAAAUGAGAUCCUCCUGAACACAAGCCUGACUUCCUACCCCUGCUCCUGCUCCAAUGUCUCAGCUGACGGUCAGCAUAAGAGUGGCUUCUGUGACUAUGUUCCUAAUAAUAGGACUGUGUCAGUUGCUGACUGGCCUGUUUAUACGAAGGGCUGCAUGAAGAAUGUGCAGAGCUGGUUACAGGACAACCUUGGCAUCAUCCUUGGAGUCUGUACAGGUGUUGCUGUCAUUGAGCUGUUGGGGAUAGUGCUGGCCAUUUCACUCUGCAAGAACAUACACAGAGAAGAAUACAGCAAAGUACCCAAGUAAUGAGUCUUCUGAUCCUAGAGCUACCCCACCGCAGAGAUGCAAACAGAACAUUCCUGCCUCAUCCCCCUCACACUGACCAUUACUCCAGUGAGAUCCCAUUUCUCUCAAAACACUGAGGAACUGUAGUGGCACAAUACAAUAUGACUCUUCUGGUGAUCAGAGCCCUGGGCAGCCCCUCUCCUGUCUCUGGAUAGUUCCUACUCUGUGAAGCGGGCCAUUUCUCUAUCUUGCAUCAUAUGAUCUGAUCAACGUGGGAGGGCACGAAGUUUUUACUGCUAACUCCAUGUUUAACAGUCUCCUUCCCAUCUUCAUUCCCUUCCAGUCGAUCAGGCCAACAAUAGAAUAAUCCUCCUCCCCAUGCCACCUCUGUUCACCAUGUGAGCUGGGAAUCCAAUGAACCAGCAAGAAGACUGAGGGCUUGGCCUACUGGUGGUGGUGAUGGGUAACCCGUUGUAGUACAUUGUGGGUGAAAGAAUGCUUCCCUUCCAAUUAGCUUCACUUUGUCUUCUCCCUGCCCUUACCCCCAUCCAACUCAGACUGAAUCUGAGCAUACAAGGUUCUAGACAGACACCCCAGGCUCCCCAAAAUCAUUCCUCCCUUUUUUUUGGAGUAAACCAAAUGCUGCCUUCCAUGUAGCUCCCUUCUCCUUCUCAUUAGAUUAGAAGCCUCCUGGAAGGAGUCAAGCCCACCUGUUCCAAGUGUGGACCAUCCAGCAGCUUGUGAUGUUAUUGCUGAGCUGCUCUUGGAACACAGGGAGAUGGGUCUUGGGCUUUGCUAAUUACAUAGCCCCUUCUUCCAUCCCUAGUCCUCCCUUUCACUGGCUCCCUGUUGGCUCAGUGGCACUUCAGAGACUGACUAGCACAGGUGUCUGUGGGCUCAGCCCUGACUGGCUCUGCUGGGCAUGUUCUUAGGUUGCCAACUUUUAUAGAGGUGAUGACUGACUAUUUUUCCAAUAUGAAAUCUACGAUUUUUAAUACUGUGGCUUUUUAAUUAUGAUAAGACAGAAGCAUCUGUAUCUCAAUUGCUGGCCAGGGAGGGAUGGCUGUCAUGGGGUACAGGGAGGAGUUUGUCCGUGUUUGGAUUGCUAACUAAGUGCCUUGGGGCCUGGAAUCACUCUCACUGGUAUCUGGAUCAUGGGCUUUAAGGGGAGUUGCUACAGUGGGUAUCCUAAUAGCUGGCUCCACACAACCGCUGAUGGUUGGAUUGCUGGCUCUAUUCUAGGUGAGGAAAUGGGGUGGCUUGGUGCCUGGACGUCUGGUUGUGUGUGCAGUGACAAGGUCGCUGCUGACUGAGACCUGGGGAAGAAGGGGAGUUACUGCUUACAAUAUUCAGAGUACUAGCUUCCAUUCACCCUCCUCUUUUUAGGCCCCGCAUCAAAACUCCUGAAACAGCCAGCUUGUGACUGCAGCUCUAGUCUUGCCUACUGACCUUUGCCUUUUGCCUUCUUGGAAACCCAAAUGAGGUUGGGGUGUUCACGCUCAUGGCGCAUGUGCUGCCCAAUUUUGGGGAUCAUAAAGGGACAAGUGACACCUACCAAUCUUGGACAUGUUGGCAUCUCUAUAACAAAGGGAAAUGGAUCUGGUGAUUGUGCUGACUGUGGCCAGCAGCAAGGGGCAGCUCUAAUGUACCUUGGGUGAAGAAAUCCACCCCCCCACACCCCGAAAGGAGCUGUCCUGGGGUCCCUAAUCUCUCUCACUGGCAUAGGAGGCUUGGGGGAGGGAUGCUCUUGCAGUGGUGGAUGGAAGUCCUUGCCCUUGCAAGGGAAGGUGUGGGCUACUUUACUUGGCCUGUGGAGGCAUUUCUAGCUAUGGAAUGUGAUCCUGGUCUUGGGUACAGGGGCCUGGUGGGUGAGUCUGCCUUCAAUAGCAAGCAUGAAGCCCUAUGCACUGGCUCUCCAGGCAUAGUCUCCAGUUCCAACUAAAGGGGUAGGCUGGCUGGUUAGCUACUCCUCCCUUGGCAGAGGGUAAAGAAGUGCAGAAGCCUCCAGGGAAUUGGUAGUCUCAGCAGUGGGCCAAGGACUGAAUGGUCCGUGGAGACUGCACUUCCCUUUCGCCCCAGAUGCCAUCCCUCCAGGGAAAGCUAAAUCUAUGUAGACUGGCAGCACUGGGGAACGUUGCUAUUGCAUUUCUAAGGUGAUUUGAGUCUUUCUUUCCUGAAUCCCCUCCUCUUUGUACAGAUCCCUCCAGCCUGAUGCUUACAGGGGUGGCACUUUUUUAUUGCUCUGAAGUGAAGCUAGCAUCCCCCCCAUCUCUUGUAGUAACUAGAGGCUUGUACCCUAAGGUGGUUUAUUUGUUGGCAUCUGAACUGGAGAACAAGAGCCAUAUGCUGAGCAGAAAGGAAGUGGAGCCCCUGCUGAGCUUUUCUUUGUCUUUUAGGGACCUCUUCCUACUGGAAGAAACGCAUGUACAGAUCUAAAACAUAGAGCGUAUUUCUGCAAUAAAGAGAUUUACUUAAAAAACACCACAACCCAACCCUUGUGCACUGCAAUAUUUGCUCUGUCCUUUCUCCUUUUGUAUAAGAAUCUCCUUGUGAUGGUCACACCACAAGGGGGCUUGGUCAUAUGGUAAGAAGCACCUGGAAUUGACAUCUUAAUAGGGCAACAGGGGCUGCCAGUGAGGCCUGCCUGUGAGAGAUUCCUGGUGUGGUAUUGUGGAAACCUCUCCUCCCACAGUUUGGAACUUUGGGUGAGGUGUGCUUUUUGUUCACUAGAAAUUGGGUGUUUUGUUUCUUACUCCUGCCCCCUGCCUACAGCUGUAAUAGCACAUCUUGUUUUCAAGGCAAUUACUGUAUUCAGGGCUAAAUAAACUGGGGCUGGAGGAACUUGAAUAAGCGCCACUUAGUUUAGCCAGGGUGCCAUCUGUAUUGCGUUAACAGAAUCCAAAAGCUAUAAUUCCUCCAGUGAAUAUGUGCUUUUCAGUUACUGACCUUAGAAGGCCUCAUCACACUAUGCCCACAGCAACCAUGGAGGCCUGACUGCUUCCUUCUCACCCAGCCACCCUGUCUAACCCCAGAUUUCCUCAGGGUCCUUGAUCCCACUCCCCCUUGCUCAUAGGUACUUACUCUAUGGGUGCUCCAGGGCCUCCAGGGAAAAAAUAGUGCAUGGUUAGCACCCAACAGUGGCCCUGCGGAUCAGCACCUUCCCCUUCUUCCCCCCCCACCCCCAUCUGCUACAGAUCAGCUGUUCAGCGGCAUGGGGGAGGAGCAGGGGCAAAGUGGGGGUGGGGACUUGGGGGAAGGGCCUGGCGUGAGCGGGGUCAAACACCCCCUAGGAACUGAGGAAGUCCACACAUAUGCUGUUGCUACACUCCACGCUCUAAGUGAGGCCUUUCACUAAAUGGAGACAUCAAGAUGAGGAGGAGGGUGAGAAGUUGAGGCAGCCAGAGUUGUUGUGGUCUGGUUGGAGCAUUCUCAUUACUUCAGUAAAUCAGCACAGCAAUUGAUCUGAGCGCUGUAGUUACAGAGAGGUAAUUCUAUAGUGACUAUGCAAACCACUCCACCUUGGAUAAUCAGAGUUCAGAUAAUUGUAUAAUUGAGAAGUAUGCAGUUAUGAGCAACAGGCAGAGUUCCCUGUUUGAAUGUUCAGACAUGGCAUGUCACUAAAUGCACACAUGCAGGUGUAAGACUGUUUUCCAGGGUCCUGUGAGCCCUCAGAGCCCCACAGCCACCUGUCACAUGGAAAAUUAAUAAAUGGUAAGUAUUAUAGCACUUUACAUGUUCAAAGGCCUAUACAGCCCCAAACUUCUCUAGUUGUUGACAUCCCAGUGAGGUGGAUGGGUGGAACUAACCCCAUUUUACAGAGGACAGUCGCAGUGGAGGAAAUGAUGUGAAAAGGUCAAGUGACUUACCUGCAAUCACACUGUGAUCCCUGGCUCUGCCACCAGCUGGAAACCAGGAGUCCUGAUAUUUCCAACUGAUAGGGCCCUACCAAAUUCACAGUCCAUUUUGGUCAAUUUCACAGUAAUAGGAUUUUAAAAGUAGUUAAUUUCAUGAUUUCAGAUACAACAUACUGAAAAGUUCAGAUUUAAGUAACUGUAGGGGUCCUAACCCAAAACUGGGGUGUGGGGGGUCACAAGGUUAUUGUAGGGGGGUUGUGCUAUUGCCACUCUUGCUGCUGGGGGCAGCGCUGCCUUCAGAACCGGGUCAUGGAGAGCGGUGGCUGCUGGCGGGGAGCCCAGUUCUGAAGGCAGCACCAUUGCCAGCAGCUGCGCAGAAGUAAGGAUGUGAUGACAUAGUAUUGCCACUCUUACUUCUGUGCUGCUGCCUUUAGAGCUGGGCCAUUGGCCAGUAGCCGCCACCACUCUCUGACCACCUGGUUCUGAAGGCAGCACAGAAGUAAGGGUGGCAAUACUGCAACCCCUGUACAAUAACCUUGUGACCCCAACCCCGCAACUCCAUUUUGGUUCAGGACCCCCAGUUUGAGGAACACUGGGCUCCCCUUUGAAAUCUGUAUAGUAUAGGAUAAAAGUACACACAAGACCAGAUUUCACUGACAGGUUUUUCACAGGUGUGAAUUUGGUAGUGCCCUCCCAGUCGACCACCCUCUUUCUCUUCUCUGCAUAUUACAAGACACAAUGUACUGUUUGGAAACAAAAUUAUUGAACUCUAAGAGGUCGGCUUUAGUCGCACUAGGGCCAAGACUAGCUGCGUCCCUUUCCACUAGUCUGUGUUCUUGGGAGAGUAAAAAGAACAGGAGUACUUGUGGCACCUUAGAGACUAACAAAUGUAUUUGAGCAUAAGCUUUCGUGGGCUAAAGCCCACUUCAUAGGAUGCAUGCAGUGGAAAAUACGGUAGGAAGAUAUAUAUACACAUACACAGAACAUGAAACAAUGCAUGUUAUCAUGCACACUGUAGCAAGAGUGAUCAGUUAAGGUGAGCUAUUACCAGCAGGAAGGGGGAUUGAACUUUUGUAGUGAUAAUCAAGAUGGGCCAUUUCCAGCAGUUGACAAGAUGGUGUGAGGAACAAUGGGGGUGGGAAAUAAACAUAGGGAAAUACAUUUACUUUGUGUAAUGACACAUCCACUCCCAGUCUUUAUUCAAGCCUAAUUUAAUGGUGUCCAGUUUGCAAAUUAAGUCCAAUUCAGCAAUCUCUCAUUGGAAUCUGUUUCUGAAGGUUUUUUUGUUGGAAUAUUGCAACUUUUAGGUCUGUAAUGGAGUGACCAGGGAGAUUGACGUGUUCUGAGACUGGUUUUUGAAUGUUAUAAUUCUUGACGUCUGAUUUGUGUCCAUUUAUUCUUUUAUGUAGAUACUGUCCAGUUUGGCCAAUGUACAUGGCAGAGGGGCAUUGCUGGCACAUGAUGGCAUAUAUCACAUUGGUAGAUGUGCAGGUGAACGAGCCUCUGAUAGGACCUAAUCACAUCAGCCACACUAUGAUGGUGUCCCCUGAAUAGAUAUGCGGACACAGUUGGCAACGGGCUUUGUUGCAAGGAUAGGUUCCUGGGUUAGUGUUUUUUUUUGGUGUGUGGUUGCUGGUGAGUAUUUGCUUAAGGUUGGGGGGGCUGUCUUUAAGCAAGGACUGGCCUGUCUCCCAAGAUCUGUGAGAGUGAUGGGUCGUUCUUCAGGAUAGGUUGUAGAUCCUUGAUAAUGUGCUGGAGAGGUUUUAGUUGGGGGCUGAAGGUGAUGGCUAGUGGUGUUCUGUUAUUUUCUUUGUUGGGCCUGUCCUGUAGUAGGUGACUUCUGGGUACUCUUCUGGCUCUGUCAAUCUGUUUCUUCACUUCAGCAGGUGGGUAUUGUAGUUGUAAUAAUGCUUGAUAGAGAUCUUGUAGGUGUUUGUCUCUGUCUGAGGGGUUGGAGCAAAUGCGGUUGUAUCAUAGAGCUUGGCUGUAGACAAUGGAUCGUGUAGUGUGGUCCGAAUGAAAGCUGGAGGCAUGUAGGUAAGUAUAGCAGUCAGUAGGUUUCCGGUAUAGGGUGGUGUUUAUGUGCCCAUCGCUUAUUAGCACUGUAGUGUCCAGGAAGUGGAUCUCUUGUGUGGACUGGUCCAGGCUGAGGUUGAUGGUGGGAUGGCAAUUGUUGAAAUCAUGGUGUAAUUCCUCAAGGGCUUCUUUUCCAUGGGUCCAGAUGAUGAUGUCCUCAAUGUAGCACAAGUAGAGCAGGGGCAUUAGGGCACGAGAGCUGAGGAAGCGUUGUUCUAAGUCAGCCAUAAAAAUGUUGGCAAACUGUGAGGCUAUGCAGGUACCCAUAGCAGUGCUGCUGAUUUGAAGAUAUAAAUUGUCCCCAAAUGUGAAAUAGUUAUGGGUGAGGACAAAGUCAAAGUUCAGACACCAGGUUUUCUGUGACAUUAUCAGGGAUACUGUUCCUGACUGCUUGUUGUCCACCUUUGUGUGGAAUGUUGGUGUAGAGGGCUUCUACAUCCGUAGUAGCUAGGAUGGUAGCUAACUGCCUCUUCCCUCCCCAAGCCCUAUCCCUGUUGGCCGGUAUACUGAAUGAACUGAAAGCUGUUUACGCCACUUCAAGUGUUUGACCACUAGAGGGCGGUGCAUCACUAUAGCAAGUUUAGGACUGUAUGGUCCCUACUGUUGCCAUAUCAUCAGAAUUGGCUUGUGUCUUGGGGAUGGAGCUGAUAAUGGUUUCUUUAGCAAUGAAAAGUACACAGCAAUCUUGAAAGCAGACUUAUUAUGCAAAUUAGCCUCAAAAUAAACUGCUUCUCUUGCACUGUCAA